GAGCUGGGAGUAUUCUCCACCGUGACCGUUGCGACUCUCGAAAAGGAACGUGGGCUAUAUCUGCAUGGGAUCGUUAAUUCGCGAGUAUACAAUCGUCAAGCACAUGGUGACAAUAUUGCUUGCGAUGGCAGCGAGUUUAUUAGGAAAAUGAACUUGCCAAGUACUCGCAACGAUGAAGAGCGCACUAGGAAAUAAGAGUGGAUGUUCACAGGGGCGAGGCUACUUAUAGGUGCUAUCCAAGAGACAACACAACAAAGAUACGCCCUCUAAUCCACCAUGUCGAUCCAUUCAUUCCACAAGACUCCCGAGUUCGAGACUCUUCAGCUCCAUGCAGGUCAAGAGCCCGAUCCCACGACGAACGCCAGAGCGCCGCCUAUCUACGCGACGACGAGUUUCGUAUUCAACAACUCUCAACAUGGUGCAGAUCUCUUCGGAUUGAAAACAUUCGGCAAUCUUUAUUCGAGGGUUGGUAAUCCAAGCCUGGAUGUCUUUGAGCAACGUAUGGCUGCCUUGGAAGGCGGUAUUGGAGCGCUCUCUGCGUCCAGCGGACAUGCUGCUCAAUUCAUGGCGAUCGCAACCAUCGCCAACUCCGGCGACAACAUUGUAGCAAGCUCCUACUUGUACGGUGGUACCUACAAUCAGUUCAAAGUGUUCCUCAAGAAGUUCGGUAUUUCUGUGAAGUUUGUGACCGAUCCCGCGCCAGAGGCUUUUGCGGCUGCUAUCGAUGAGAAAACCAAGGCAAUCUAUGUCGAGAGUAUCGGCAACCCAGCAUACAACGUCGCAGAUAUUCCCGCGCUGUCCAAGAUUGCUCACGCUAACAAGAUUCCCCUGAUUGUUGACAAUACCUUUGGUCUUGGAGGAUACCUCAUCCGUCCCAUUGAGCAUGGUGCGGAUAUCGUUGUUCACAGCGCAACAAAAUGGAUCGGUGGCCAUGGUACAACUAUUGCAGGUGUGAUCGUCGACUCGGGCAAAUUUGACUGGGCGGCCUCUGGAAAAUUCCCCUCUUUCACCGAGCCUUCACCUGGCUACCAUGGCUUGAAGUUCAGCGAGACCUUCGGUCCUUCCGCGUUCAUUGUGAAGGCCCGAGUUGAAGUUCUUCGUGAUCUGGGCUCGACUCUUAACCCAUUCGCCAGCUUCCUGCUCUUGCAAGGCGUGGAGACCUUGAGUUUACGAGCAGAGAGGCAUUCUGAGAAUACACUCGCCUUGGCUCAAUGGUUGCAGCAACACGAAAAGGUCGCUUGGGUCUCCUACGUUGGACUCGAGUCACACCCAUCGCACGAGCUCGCCAAGCGAUUGUUCCGACCUAACCUCUUCGGUGGUAUUCUCAGCUUCGGUGUGAAGGGUGACGCCACGGUUGGUAGUAAGGUCGUCGAUACCUUGAAACUCGCAAGCAACCUUGCCAAUGUUGGUGAUGCUAAGACCCUUGUUAUCCACCCUGCGACUACAACGCACUCGCAGCUCAGUGUCGAAGAGCAGAAAGACGCCGGAGUCACUCCUGACCUCAUCAGAGUGUCCGUUGGCAUUGAGAACAUCAAAGAUAUCAUUGCUGACUUCGAAGAGGCACUAAAAGUAGUCCCGUGAACUUCUUGAGCUUCUGCGAAUGAGAAUUCAGAAGUAGAGUAUAAAAUGGGCAAGCGAAUAGUUGUCAUGCAAUGGAUGGCGUAAAACUAGAACGUGAUCACUCAAUCCGCUGUUUUGUAUUAUCAGUGUAUACCAUUGUUUUCCAACCUCUGAUGA